AUGCUCAGCAUCCCAACGGUCCCAUUGGAACUGCGUCUCUCCUCCCUCGUGGCCUUUUCCAUGGCAAGUAAAGGGGUUGGCGUUUCUCCCUUCCGCUCUCUUCCAUCGAUCCUCCUCUUUCUCACCUUCUUCUCUUUUUCUUCCUCCUCUCCAUCCAACGAAAUCCCAUAUGCCGAACACUGCAACUCUAUCGUCCCCGAGUCCAUCCCCACCCACCUUCUCGUCCACUCCAACUCCUUCCAGCUCUCGCACGGUUACUUCUCCGGCGGUGGCCACCUCUUCGAGUCAGAUUCCAGCUCCGGCCGCUCUACACCAAAGUCCUUGCACUUCCAAACUGCACACCUCCGCCAGACCCAAAGCACGGGCAUCAUCCAGGUCCGUGGGAUCCUAAUCCUCCGCGGUGGAAAUGCUCGUACGGAUUCAACAGACGGCUCUCUUGUCCGUUAUAACACCAAUGUGAGGAAAGAAGCCAUCUUUGACCUCUCUGGCUUUUGGUCCAAAUCUUCUGGCAAGCUUUGCAUGGUGGGACGCGGCUUUCUCGAGCACUUUGCAGGAGGUAGCUCUCUUCAUCUUUCUGCUGUUCUUAAACUUAAUUAUCCUGAGAAAUCCAACAUCACUGCUAGCGUGGUUAGUGGUACCGUCGAGAGCUUGGAUGCAACCAAUAGCCCAAACCACUUCAGUUCCAUUCAGGUUGUAGCCUAUGCCCAGAAGAAAUAUGAGUACACGAUGAUCUCCCAAGCGAACAAAUCGUGCUCUCGUCAUACGUUUGAUGAAGAAUCGGCAGAAUUUGAUUCUCAUUCCUACUGUCCUAUCCUCCGGAGAUUACAAGGUCAGUUCUUUAGAUUGGACUAUGGCAGUGACUGCUCUAAUCCGAAUUGUGGCCUUUUUUUCGGUGCGAGUCGUGAAAUUUUCAUGUCUUUGAAUCAAAUCCAGUGCACCGAGGAGGGAAGGUUGCAUUUUUAUAUAGGCUUCUCCAAUGUCAGUAAGCAUCCAGACAAUGGAUUGUUGGUGCCUGAGAAGUCCUUGGUUGCUGAGGGGUUCUGGGAUCCAAGUGGGAACCGGCUCUGCGUCAUGGCUUGUCGCAUACUUUACAUUCAAGCGGAUUCUCUGGCAACUGCCUCGGUUGCUGAUUGCACAAUUGGGUUUAGCUUAUGGUUUCCUGUAGUGUUGUCGAUCAAGAGUACCAGCAGCGCCGUUGGUCAUAUAUGGAGUGAAAAGAACGUGAGGGACACUGGCUAUCUUAGCAAAGUUUCAUUCUCUAGUUUCGGUGACAAAUUUGGGUUGGUUCCUGGUUUAAAAUAUAAGUACACAAGAUUGGAUACCGUGAAGAACUUGUGUGUGGUGGAUGAUGUUGCAGAGUUGGGGAAGAGGGGAUAUCCUGAUGGAAGAUCCUUCAGCAACAUGAAAUUUGAUUUCUAUACAACAAACUCCGACGGCAAGGGUGAAUGGGGACAGGCAACACCAAUAUCAGUUGGUGAGAUGCGUCAUCAGAAUACUGAUUCACGGGGAUAUGUAACUCUAAAGUCAGUCGAUGAUGCAUACUAUCGAGAUAUCAAUUCCUACAUGGCAACAAGACCAUUACAGACAUUGGUAGAGACGGAGCAGACCCACCGGAAUGUAAGCUACAAGAUAAGCUAUACCUUCCAGGGUUCAACUCUGGAUGAGUAUGUGCCAACUGAGAUCUCAGCAGAAGGUAUAUACAAUGCAAAAACUGGCAAGCUCUGUAUGGUAGGAUGUCAGUGUCCAAGCUAUGCAUUCGCUAAAAAACAAGGAAAAGGUGUGAAUAACUCUAUGGACUGUAAAAUUCUCAUCGAUAUCCAGCUUCCCCCUCUGAAUCCAGAGCUUGGAGAGCGUUUUAACGGCAAAAUUGAGAGUACAAGGGAGAAAUCGGACCCGCUUUUCUUUAAUCCUGCAGAGGUUUUCUCAUAUGGUUUUGUGACAAAUGCCCACAGCGUCUGGAGGAUGGAUGUAGAAAUCAUUAUGGUUGUCAUCUCCCUCACACUUUCAUGUAUUUUCAUCAGAAUGCAGUUUUACCAUCUCAAGAAGCAUUGUCCUUCUAUAUCCAUCACGAUGCUUGUUGUUCUUACUCUUGGCCACAUGAUCCCUUUGAUGUUGAACUUUGGAGCAUUGUUCUAUAAGAAUCAUAACCCACAGAACUUUCUGUAUUGGAGUGGUGGAUUGCUUGAGGCAAAUGAGGUUAUUGUGAGGGUCUUGACGAUGGUCGCUUUCCUGUUGCACUUCCGUUUACUUCAAGCGGCAUGGUCUUCUAGAUCAGCGGAGGGCAAGAAGGGCCUGUGGGUUGCCGAGAAGAGAGCUCUCAUGUUGUGCUUGCCUUUAUAUCUUGCCAGUGGACUAAUUGCCUGGUUUGUUCACACGAGGUUGUAUGAAAUUAAAGAGCACAGUUCUGACUAUUCGGUUGAGCACCACCGUUCUCUGUGGGAGUAUCUGACAUCAAAUUGUGGCUUGAUACUUGAUUGCUUCCUGCUGCCUCAAAUCAUUUUUAAUAUCCUUUGGAACUCCAACAACAAGGCUCUGACCCCUUUCUUCUAUGUUGGAACCACCAUUCUUCAUGCGGUGCCUCACUUGUAUGAUGCUUAUAGAGCUCACCAUUAUGUUCCCCAUCUAAACUGGUCAUACAUCUAUGCUCGCCAUGAUGGAGAUUUGUACUCCACCGCUUGGAAUAUCAUCAUUCCUUGCCAGGGAGUGCUCUUUGCAUUUCUUAUAUACUUGCAGCAGCGGUUUGGUGGUGAUCGCAUCCUUCCUAAAAUAUUUAGAAAGCCUGGUGAGUACGAGACAGUCGUUAGUCCUUAG